AACAAAGCAGUUAAUAAUAAUGGCCUUAUUAAAGGAUGAUACAGCAUUCACACAUGUAAUUGCAAUAGAUUUUGGAACAGGAGCAUCAGGGUAUUAAUUAAAUUAAUUUAGAUUCGGAUUAGCUCCAAAAGUAUUAGACAAGGAAGGAAAACCAAGAAUUGAAGUAUUUAACCCUUGCGAUGAUUCAGAUGACUAAAAAACACCCACAGCCAUUCUGUUUGAUAACAAUGGUUAAUUUAUUGAAUUUGGAUCACAAGCUCUUUAAAAAUACGCCAGCAUAUUAGAUGAUGGGGAUUCAGCCUAUCUAUUUUAAAAUGUAGUUUAACAUCUAAAAUUAUUAGUAUAAAAUGCAUCUAUACCAUAUGCACAAUAAUGCAAGAUCACUUGACAACAGAGAGUUGCCCUUGAUGCUAUUGAUUAAGGAGACUCUCAAAUACAUAAGCAAUAAAGCAAUAUCAAAAUUAAAGGAACAGGUGGGGAAAGUGAUAUCAACUAAAAUUAGAUGGGUGUUAACAGUUCCUGCAUUAUGGAGUGAAGAACAUAAAUAAUUUAUGAGAAAAGCAGCUGUAGAAGCAGGAAUCGUAGAAAAUCUUAACUCUCCUAAUUUAUUAUUGUGUUUAGAACCUGAAGGAGCAUCAAUUCAAUGUAGAGAAGAUGCUGAACAAACAUUAAAAGAAUAGAUGGCAAAGAGUUCAGUAGUUAUGGUACUUGAUUGUGGAGGUGGAACAGUAGAUAUUACAGUUCAUAAACUAUUAUGUGAACCUAAUGAGAAAUUCUUAUGUAAUGAAUUGAUUCCGUCUUCAGGAGGAUGUGAAUGGGGUUCAAAAUAUGUGGAUCUAUACUUUGAAGAAUUUUUAAAGGAAUUUCUUGGCGAGAAACUAUUUAGAUGUUAUUAGUAGAAUGCAAUAGCUAGAUUGGAUAUAUUGAGAGAUUUUGAAAUUCUAAAAAGGAAAUUUAAAGGGAAUAAGGAUGAAAGAUGCAUGAUUAAAUUCUCGUAUUUGGGUGAAGAAUUGAAUACUGCCAAAUUAACACAGUUAGUUAAAGAACAUAAUUCAAAACAUGCUGCUGAAUACUAGAUUAAGUUGAAGGGUCUUUCUAAUGUAGAAAUACCAUCAGCUUUAAUGGCAUCUUUCUUCUAGACUCUCUUUGAAAACAUCAAAAAUAAAGUUGCACAACUCUUACAAUAAGUUGAACAGAAAAAGGAGAAAGUGAAUUUCAUUUUUAUGGUAGGAGGAUUCAGCGAAUCUCCAUUUUUGAAAUCAGAAAUCAUUAAAAGAUUUGAGAAUAAUGCAAUUCAAAUUUUGGUUCCCAGACGCCCUUAGGUUUCUGUUAUUAGGGGGGCAUGUCUAUUUGGAUUGAGUCCAAGAUCUAUUACAAGUCGAAUAGCCAAAAAGACUUAUGGAAUCAAUACAUUAACAACUUUUGAUGCAGAGAGACAUCCUAUAAAAAAGAAGGUUAUUAUUGAAGGAGAAGAAUUUAGUGAGGAUGUAUUUGAUGCAUUUGUGAGAAAAGGAGAUGCUGUUGGGUAUAAUAUAAAUAUCAUUCUUUAGUUGUGAUGAAGUACACACUAAAAUAUAUUGUCCCGUAAGAUCAAGAUAAACUAUAAUGAGAAUAAUAUUUUAUGUGACUGAGAAGAGAGAAGUGGAAUUUGUUGAUGAACAAGGAGUACAAUAAUUAGGGGAAUUGUGCAUUGAUAUUGGUAAACCACUCUAAUCUGUUGAGGAUAAGACUGUUAAGGUUACACUUCUAUUUGGCAAUACUUGUAUUUAUGCUACUGCUACAAAUAAGGAUGGGACAGAAAUCAAAAACUGUGAAUUCAAAUUCGAAUGCGGCUAAUGA